AUGAAGCCUGUAGCGUUUCCAAGUUCCCUCUCGAAGCGGCGACGACCGCUCCAGCUACUCCCGAGGUGGCAACUUGUGCUGCAGAACCUCCAGAGGCAUCGGCGUCUGCCUUUGAAUUCUCUGCCGGUCCAGCCGCGGCCAAAGAGGCCACCUGUGAACCCUCUGAUUUGUCUUGUCACGCCCAAGGAAGCCGUCUCUGAACUCUCAACCUGUCCUGUCACGGCCAAGGAGGCUGUCUUCGAGUUCUUCGCCUAUCCAGUCACGGCCAAAGAGGCCGACUGUGAACUCUCUGACUGUCCUGUUUCGGCCACAGAGGUCAUUGAUAACCUCUCUGUGCUCUGUAUUCCAGUUCAGCCUGAUCCACCAUGGUGGUUCCCUGCUCCAUCAGCUCCACCCUGGUGGUCAUCUGCUCCACCGUGGCGAUCUUUGGUCCCGUCUGUUCAGCUGUGGUGGUCAUCUACUCCACUGUGGGGGUCUUCGAUCCCAUCUUCUCUGCUGUGGUGGUCUUCUGCUCCGCCCUGGUUGUCCUCUGCUCUGCCGGCUCUGUCCCGGCUUCCUGCUCUGCUGGCUCCACCUUGGUUUCCUGCUCCGCCCUGGUACCCUGCUCUGCCGGCUCUGCUUCAGUCUCCAGGCCCAUGUUCGCAAAUUUGCCUAUGAACUGGCAAAGGCUCACAACUGCCAGCAGCCCAAGUCAUGGGAUGAGCAUGGAGUGGCUGGGGCUGACUGGUUAGAUGGUUUCCUGAACAGGCACCCAAGCCUUUCCCUGAGACAGCCACAAGAUUAGCUAGGAGAACAAGCUUUAAUAAAACCAACAAUCUGGCAGAGGUAUUUCAAAAACACCAUUUCACUGCCAAGCAUAUCUGGAACACGGAUGAGACAGGGGUCACCACUGUCCAGAAACCGGAGAAGGCAAGUGUGGAACACUUGUCACUGUGGCAUGUGCAGUGAAUGCACUGGGGAAUGCAAUCCCUCCACACUUUGUGUUUCACAGGGUAAACCUCAACCCUCAUUUCAUCAGGGAUGUUGUACAGGAACAGCCAACAAAUCAGGAUGGAUACAGGAUGAAGAUUUUCUAGAGUUCUUAUGCCACUUUCAAACCCAUACAAGAGCCUCUCCAACACAGAAGGGCUUGCUGAUCCUCGGCAAUCAUCACUCCCACAUGUCUUUGCGAGGAAUUGACUUUUGUCGUGAAUCUGGCAUUAUUCUCCUCUCCUACCCCCCGCACUAUUCCCACAAGUUGCAGCCACUGGACCGCAGUGUGUUUGGCCCUUUCAAGAUGGUUUACAGCUUCUCUGAUAGCUGGAUGAGACAUCAUCCUGGAACAACCAUGUCCAUUUACGACAUACCAGCAAUUGUAAGGGAUUCUUUCCCAAUGGCUGCCACACCAUCAGAUAUCCAGGCUGGCUUCAGGUGCACAGGCAUUUGGCCCUUCAACAGGGAAAUUUUCAGUGAUGCUUAUUUUGCACCAUCCUGCGUCACUGAUCGUCCACACAAUCCUGAGACAUCAGUCACUGGUCCAGCUUCCACUGUGUCUGUGGCUGGGCAGUUCUCUACCUCCACCGUGCCUGCCAAUGCAUCCAUCUCUGGGACACCCUACAUCGCCUUAAACGUACCUACAACUGGGCCUUUCUCCACCACUUACACUGUGCCUGUCACUGGGCCAAGUUCCAUUGCCUUCAUCAGGCCUGCUGCUGGAACAUCUUCCUUGAUCAAUGAGGACUUUUCACCUAUCUUGGUGAGGCCAUUCCCAAAAGCAGGGCCCCGAAAGACAACUAAGACCAGAAAAAGGAGACCGACUGAAAUUCUUACAGACACACCUGCCAGGAAUUCCCUUGAGGAAGAGCAGGAGAUGGCAUCUUUGUCCAAAGUAAAACGAAAGAUCUUUGCAAAAAAGGAGAAAAUGGUAAAGAAAGGAAAGAAGUACACAAAAGAAUAUAAGGAUGAGACUGUGGAAGAAGAAUUUAAUUCACCAGAGGAGCAGAACAAAACAUCUUCCUCUAAUGUAAAGCAAAGGAUCUCUGCAGAAAAGGAAAAAAUAGGAAAAGAAAGAAGUCUACAAAAGAAAAUGUUGAGGAAAGCGAGGAAGAGAAAGAAUUCUGCAUUGUCUGCCUUGAGAGCUAUUCAAAAUCAAAGGAGGUCUGGCUGUCUUGUGUGUCUUGCCAUUCUGUGAGUCAGGCUAGAGUUUAACAGUUUCAUUAUGCCGUUGUUUAUGGAAAUUAUUAAUUGUUACACAUUAUGAAGGUAAAUACGUUAUGCGCAGGCUUUUUUUUUUGUGCACGUGCAGCAAUGCAGCAGCACAUUAGUUUAGACCGGAGAUUAACUACCUGCACAAUAAACUGUUUA